GAAAAGUAUUUAGUGGUGGGUAUUUGGGAUUGGGAACAAUUACGGAGUAAAUGUUUGAAUUCUAUUUUCAUGCGUUACGAUUUCCACGUUUGCCUCAUUUCGCAUUAACCUAGAGUUAAAUAAGUCUUAUUCUCCGUUCAGAUCAAACUAUGAUGUGUGACUUAAAUUCUACAUUAUUUGUUGGUUAUGUGUUUUGACUAGAAAUAUUCACAAAGAACUUGGCCGAUUUAUUGUUGGUGUUAUAUAAUUUAUUAACAUAGUUUUACUCUUGAAUUGCUUGUUUUCUUUCGUUUGAUCUAGUUAUAGAAAGUGUUUUUCGAUUGGUGAGUGCAGUGAAGGAUUAUUCUUCCUCAUAUCAGAUUGAGACGCCGACAUGGCAGAAGCCCAUUCUGCUGUUGCUUUCUCCUUUGCCAUCACUCACGAAGGAUGGGACGUUAACUUUGACAGGGAAGUCCUGCACUUGGUGUGGCAGUCGGGCAUCAGGUCAUGGAAAAAAAGAAUAGCAAGAUUUCAGAAUAGUAUCCACAAUGGCGUCUUUCCGGGUCAUAUGUGGAGUCUAUGGAUGUUGAUAACAUUAGUAACAGCGGUUCAUUUUUCUGGUUAUAAAGUCCCAUUGGAUCUAACCUCAUUAGUGCUUAAGAUAUUACCUGGGUGCUGUACAAAAAUGCAGAUAUUAGCGUGCGUUGCUGUGGCUUUGACCUAUUGGUUGUCUGUUGUGUUUUUGCUCAGAUACACAUUCAAGCUCCUUUUAAUGUAUAAAGGUUGGAUGUUCGAAGCCAGAGGAAAAAUGCCCUCUUUGCCCACUAAACUCUGGGCGGUUGCCAUAAAAAUUCUCAGAGGUUGGAAUACUCCCAAACUAUACAGCUAUCAGGGCUCCCUACCUAGGUUGCCCCUUCCUUCCGUUCAGGAAACUUUGCAAAGGUAUCUGAGAUCCGUCAGACCUUUGUUAGAUGACAAACAAUACGAGAGGACCAAAAAGUUAGGAGAAGAAUUUGAAAAUGGUAUAAGUAAAAAGUUACAGAGAUACCUUGUGCUCAAAUCUUGGUGGAGUACAAACUAUGUAUCAGACUGGUGGGAAGAAUAUGUAUACCUAAGAGGCAGGUCCCCACUUAUGAUCAAUUCGAAUUUCUAUGCCAUUGAUGCCAUUCAAUUAAAAAUGACCAACAAGCAGAUUGCACGAGCUGCCUCAACUAUACACUCAGCUCUUGUAUUUAGACGAUUAGUAGAAAGACAAGAAUUAGAACCUAUUUUUAUACAAGGAACUGUGCCUUUGUGCUCUUGGCAAUACGAGCGAAUUUUUAAUACAACGAGAAUACCUGGAAUAGAGACUGAUAAAAUACAACAUAUACAAGACUCAAAUCAUAUAGUAGUGUAUCAUAAGGGAAAAUAUUUUAAAGUGGUUAUUUACAAAGGAAGAAUAUUGAAACCUUGCGAAAUUCAAAUUCAACUUCAACAUAUCUUGGAUGAUAAGACUGAACCUCUGCCAGGAGAAGAAAAACUUGCCGCACUCACUGCUGGAGAAAGGAAACACUGGGCCAAUACUAGAAAUAUGUUCUUCUCUAGAGGAGCAAACAAAACAUCCUUAGACAUAAUUGAGAAAGCUGCAUUUGUUGUGGCGUUAGAUGAUUUUCCAUAUGAAUAUGAUGAGAAUGAUUCUACAAAACUAGACGAAUAUGCCAAAUGUUUGCUGCAUGGAAAAGGAUAUGACAGAUGGUUCGACAAAUCAUUCACAUUGUGCUUUGGAACUAAUGGCAAGGUGGGCUUCAAUGCUGAACAUUCCUGGGCAGAUGCUCCGGUUAUGGGCCAUUUAUGGGAACAUGUUAUACUCGAUGCAAUUGGGCAACGAUAUGAUGAGAACGGAAAUGCAGCAGGUACUCCAGAACUGACUCCUCCAAUUCCAGUUCGGCUCAAUUGGGACAUGAAACACGAAUGUAGAGCAGCCAUCGAUAAGGCUGUGACCGUUGCAGAAGCCUUGAUUCGUGAUGUGGAUUUGACUGUUUAUAUUCAUAACAGUUUCGGAAAAGGGUUCAUGAAAAAGGCUAAGCUCAGUCCGGAUGCCUUCAUACAAAUGGCUCUUCAGUUGGCAUACUACAGAGAAGCUGGUAAAUUCUGUCUCACUUACGAGGCAAGCAUGACAAGGCUGUUCAGAGAAGGCAGGACCGAAACUGUGCGACCUUGCACCAUAGAAUCGUCAGAUUUUGUGAAAGCUAUGGAAAAUAAAGAAAUUAGCAAUGAAGAAAGACUGCAACUUUUAUCGAAAGCCUGUGAGAGGCAUCAGCUUGGCUAUCAAGAGGCCAUGUGCGGUAAAGGUAUUGACAGGCACCUUUUCUGCCUGUAUGUAGUGUCAAAAUAUCUAGAAGUAGAUUCGCCGUUCCUUCAAGAGGUUCUGAGUGAACCUUGGAAACUGUCAACCUCUCAGACUCCUCAUGGUCAAACAGGUAGGAUAGAUCUGAAUAAAAACCCUGAGUGUAUGUCAGCUGGGGGUGGUUUCGGUCCAGUUGCUGAUGACGGAUAUGGUGUUUCUUACAUCAUAGCAGGCGAGGAUAGAAUAUUCUUCCAUAUAUCGAAUAAGAGAAGUAGUAAAUACACAGACUGUCAUGGUUUUGCUAGAGAACUCGAAAAGGCCUUGAACGAUCUGAGAACUUUGUGUUCUACAAGAAUGGUGACCAAUGGAAAAAAGGAUUAAUUUUCAAUAAUAUUGAGUUCACAAGAGUGGUGCUGAUCAUUUAUUAAGGAAAUGUUUUGAAUCAUAAUUUACAUAAAAGUAUAUACAUAUAUUUUUUUCAUGUCAUUCUUCUUGGUAUCAUAUUUUGAUUUUGUACAUUGCAAUAGUAAAACAAAGGAGCAUAUUUUCAAUUGAUAAAUUCAAAAAUUGUACGAAUUUAUAUUUUAUGAAUCUUUAAAUUAUCUUCCAUUUAUUUACACAAAGGAAAUUUUUUUUUGUGAAUAUGGCAAUAUAUUGAAAAUUUUAGGUUAAUUCUUCCUUAUGAAUUAAUCAGCAAUUCAAAUUUUUUUUACUAUUGUUUCUUAUGCAAUAAUGUUCUUUUAGUAUUAAAAAUUAUUACUAACCUUCCAUAAUAAAGCAAAGUCAAUGCAAUAAAGAUAAGGUAUAUUGUUUUAUCUGAAUUUAUAUUAAAUAUAGAUAUUGUAGAUGUGAUUUUGAUGAAACAAUAAAAAUAUUAACAUUGGUCUAAGAAAAAA